GUUCACUAUAGAGAGCACAGUCAGCACUCCGGCGAUUUGCUACCUGUUUCAGAAAGACGCACGAGUGCGCUUUACCUCUCCAGGCACAGCCAAAUGGACCCUGCGGACUUGACGUGAUUAUAUGUAAAAGGCACCAAAAGAAAUUAGCAAUGUCUUACAGUUGCAUUAUGCGCUGCCGCAGGUUAUUACUUCUGUGUUUGUUGAGGAGGUAACAGAGGAGGUAUUGCAUGCCAACAUGGAUUGCCUUUUUCUUUUGCUAUGGACUUUGCCUAUCCCACUUGUCAGCUGCACAUCAGUGAAGAUUUUAUCCACUCUGUGGUUCUGGAACACAUUGAAGACGCUGCAUAUCUACUGCUCACAUUCCAUUUACUCUGUUUCGUCCACUUUUGCCAGUGACACCAGUGGACUGAAUCACGAUUACGUGUUUGUGACGCCAAUUGAGGUGGAUGCUCAGGGUGGGUAUGUGACCCACGAUAUGCUGCUGCGAGGCCGGAAUAAGAGGUCCCUGCCAUCCAUGAGGGGCCCUGUACACUACAGACUAUCUGCCUUCGGGUGGCACAUGCACCUGGACUUACAGCCUUCCAUGGUAGUGGCAGAGGGCUUCACAGUACAGGUAGUGGGGACAGAGGGCAUCACCACAUUGGCACAGGAGCCAGCCCAUCAGGACUGCUUGUAUCAGGGAUUUAUACACAACUUCACAGCUUCCUCUGCAGCCAUAUCUACAUGUUCUGGCUUGUCAGGUCUGAUCCGGAUGUCUGAUGAGGAGUACUUCAUCGCCCCCUUGCCACAGCACCUAGCUGCAGAGCACAACUACAGCUCCCCAAGUGGACACCACCCACACGUGGUCUACAAACGCUCGGCUGAACACAAAGUCCAUGGUGGCCAGGGAUCUAUCCACAGCUCGCAACCUGACAACCCAUAUCUGCAGCACCAUCAUCAGCAUCACCACGACGACCAGCAUGGGAAGCUGCAGAGACAACACUUCUGUGGACGCCGCAAGCAAUACACUCCCAAGCCCCCUGCUGAGGAUCGUCUCGUCAUGCCUGAUGAGUUUGAGCUCCCAGGCAGGGCGAAGCGAUCACCCAUCACAUCUAACAAGGUGGGGGGCCUGAAUGUGGAAACGCUGGUGGUGGCAGACAGGAAGAUGCUGGAGAAACACGGCAGAGAGAACGUCACCACCUACGUCCUCACUGUUAUGAACAUGGUUUCUAGCCUUUUCAAAGACGGCACCAUCGGAACUGAUAUCAACAUUGUGGUGGUCAGCCUGCUUCUUCUAGAGCAAGAUCCACUCGGCCUGUCCAUCAACCACCACGCUGACCAGUCUCUCAACAGUUUCUGCCAGUGGCAGUCGGGCCUGAUCGGGAAGCGCCACGACCAUGCUGUGCUCCUCACCGGCCUGGACAUCUGCUCUUGGAAGAAUGAGCCAUGUGACACCCUGGGUUUUGCUCCUAUAAGUGGAAUGUGUAGUAAAUACCGGAGCUGUACGAUUAAUGAAGACACAGGACUGGGCUUAGCUUUCACCAUCGCUCAUGAAUCAGGCCACAAUUUUGGGAUGAUCCAUGAUGGAGAGGGGAAUCCUUGUCGGAAAGCAGAAGGAAACAUCAUGUCUCCAACCCUGGCAGGAAACAACGGGGUCUUCUCCUGGUCUGCCUGCAGUCGCCAAUACCUCAGCCGCUUCCUUGGAACAGCUCAAGCGUCGUGUCUGGUGGAUGAGCCCAGGCAGAUUGGGCAGUAUAAAUACCCAGAGAAGCUCCCAGGCCAGCUUUAUGAUGCUGACACACAGUGCAAGUGGCAGUUUGGCUCCAAGGCUAAACUGUGCAACCUGGACUUUGUCAAGGACAUCUGUAAGUCACUGUGGUGCCACAGGACAGGUCACCGGUGUGAGACCAAGUUCAUGCCUGCCGCCGAGGGCACCAGCUGUGGGACUGACCUGUGGUGUCGGCGAGGCCAGUGUGUGAAGUAUGGUGACCACGGUCCGAGAGCUGUCAACGGUCAGUGGUCAGGAUGGUUGGAGUGGUCGGACUGUUCCAGGACCUGUGGGGGAGGGGUUAUGUACAGGGAGCGAUCCUGCACCAGCCCCAGGCCACAACACAACGGGAAGUUUUGCCAGGGCUCCGCUCGUCUCAACCAGCUCUGUAACACAAAGCCGUGCCAGCCAAGCGGAGUGGACUUCCGUGCCCAGCAGUGUGCUGAGUACAACAGCAAACCCUUCAGGGGCUGGUACUACAAAUGGAAGCCCUACACCAAGGUGGAAGCUGAGGAUAUCUGCAAGCUGUACUGCAUCGCUGAGGACUUUGCCUUCUUCUUUGCCAUGGCCAGCAAAGUCAAGGACGGGACAUCCUGCUCAGACCACAGAGGUGACGUGUGCAUCGAAGGAGCCUGUGAGCCGGUGGGUUGUGACCAGAUCCUGGGCUCUAAGGCAACUCUGGAUGCCUGUGGAGUUUGUAGAGGGGACAACUCCACCUGCAAGUUCUUCAAAGGCCAGUACGUCCUCCAGCACAGAGCUAACGAAUACUACGCCAUGGUGACCAUCCCACCUGGAGCACGGAGCAUCCAUGUUCAGGAGAUGGAGAUCUCCACCAGCUACCUGGCUGUACGCACCCUGAAGAGGAAGUACUAUCUGACAGGGGACUGGACUGUGGACUGGCCUGGAAAGUUCCAGUUCGGUGGGACGGUGUUUGACUAUCAGCGCUCUUUCAACCGCCCAGAGAGCCUGUACGCGGCCGGACCCACUAAUGAGACCCUGGUCUUUGAAAUCCUGCUGCAGGGUAAGAACCCGGGUGUGGUGUGGGAGUACACCUUGCCUCGCAGUGAGAGGAAACCCAACUACACAUGGGGAGUGGUUCGCUCCGACUGCUCUGCUCCGUGUGCUGGAGGUCAGAUCUCAACAAAGGCCAUCUGUUUUCAAGAUCAGCGGACCCAAGUCAACUCGACACAGUGCAACCCUCAGACCAGACCAGUGCUCAGCUCUCACCUGUGCAACACGCAGCCCUGCCCAGCCUACUGGACGACAGGGAACUGGGGGCCCUGCAGUCAGUCCUGUGGGGGCGGCCAACAGGCACGUCACAUCCAGUGCUUGCGUAAGGUGACGUACCAGCGAGAGGAGGUGGUGGCUCACUCCCUGUGCCCCGUCAUCGCCCCGGCCCAGGUGCUGCCUUGCCACAACCAGGCUUGCCCACCUGAGUGGAGCUCUGGGGUCUGGUCACAGUGUUCCAAGUCGUGUGGGCGUGGGAUGAAGAAGCGCGGCGUGUUCUGCAGGAGCACUGACCCCGGAGCAAAGGCCGUGGUGGUGCCGGACAGUAUGUGUAAGCCACACCUCAAACCCAAGGCCCAGGAGACCUGCGUUCUGCGCCGCUGCCCCAAGAAUGACCGGCUGCAGUGGUUCACAACACCCUGGGGCGAGUGCUCCACAUCCUGUGGCCCAGGUGUCAGAAGGAGAGAGCUACGUUGUGGGGAGAGGGAUUCACAGGGGGACUACACAGACUUCCCUAUGAGAAGGUGCAGGAACCUUCCCAAACCCUCUGGGGAUCUCCAGCAGACCUGCAGCAGGGGGCCGUGCCCAGAGCCUCGACUUGUCUCCCCAGGAAGGACAGCCAGUGCAGUGGUCCUGGGCUGGUACUCUUCUCCUUGGCAGCAGUGUUCUGUAUCCUGUGGGGGAGGGGUACAGUCCCGUUCUAUCCAGUGUCUGAGACAGGGACGUCCUGCAGCUGGAUGCCUGAACCACCAGAGACCCAUAACAUCCCGGGCCUGCAACACACACUUCUGUCCUGCUCCUCCUGCCCACGUUCCUGCUCCGGCGCCAACGUUCAAAGGCGAGCAGUCUUGUGUCGACUUCUUCAGCUGGUGUCACCUGGUUCCUCAGCACAGUGUGUGCAAUCACAAGUUCUACGGACAGCAGUGCUGCAAGUCCUGCAAUGGCAAAAAAGCUAUAAGAUUGGAGGACACCUUAUUCCCAUGAGCCUCUAGCUGCAAAUUGGAGGGAAAUGGCAUAAUAUGCGCUACAACUCUAAAGGACACUGUGGUUCAAAAAUAAAUUUUGGGCCAUAAUGCAUAAGAGAACUGAGGUGCAGUCUUUGUUCCUGGAGUACUUGACUAACAGUGAUUAGCGAAAUAAAAGAGAAUCACCUCCAUGUUUGUGGACACGUUGUGCUAACGAUGGCAAUGCGGGCAAAGACAUUCAUGCUAAAGCAGCGUCUUCUCAUAACUGGAAAUACAGUGCAACAAAUGAUUGCAGGACACUCUCUGUGUAAAUGCAUGUGUUGCACGCCCAGACGUUGUCAACAUCAAACGAGCUCUAAGAACAUCUGCAUUUUUAGCUCACUGAUGUUUUUAUAUUUUUUAUAUUUAAAGGCGUCCGGUUUCCGAUGACAUUUUAAGUUAUUAUGGCCCACAUGUUACUUAGCAUUUGUCAGGUGCACCAUGGGCUUUGUGUGCUGCAUGGGCACCAUGAUUCCAGCUCUUUUACACGUAGAGGUAUGCCUACCGCGAAAACUCCGCAGAUUCAAUCGUUAGACUGUACAUUGUGCAUGUAAAACUUUCAAACUUGAUCACAACUCUCACAUGCACUUGUCAGGCCUGGUCCCUCUUAUCUGUCAUGGUUCAUAAUUGGUGCUUUACUGUGUAACGAGAUGCAGCAUUUACAGUACAUGUGCACAUUCCAGACAUCUUCAUGUCGUGAAUACAUGCCUAUUUGUGUAUGAGAAAGUAACGUUUGCUUACCCAUAUUGUAAUGUAUCCUCCGAGUGUCUUGUGAAAAUAUUGGUGCAAAGCUGACAGCUGCCGGGAUACCGUAGGUUCUUUUCCCCCAUCCAUCAUAAUGAUAAGUAAACAUCCUCUGUAUAUUGGGCCAGCAGCACUGAACCUAGGUCCCUUCACACCGGGUAGAUAUGAUGCCAAAUCAUUAACUAGCGCUGGGUAGAGCCACAGAGGAUCCCCCAGACUUCCACCACUCAUUAAUGAAAAUCAAUGUCUGCAGGCUAGUAAAGGGAGCUGUGGAUGGGGCCGGGUCAGAGAAGAUGCUUUAUUUCCUCUGCCUGGCCAGGUGGGAGAUGUGGUGGGCGAGAGUUGGCGGAAUAGUUGGGUGGGAGGAGGGGGGGUAGCCAGGGUUGAGGUUGUCGACUUUCUCUCGACAUACUUUUUCAGAAUGCUAAUUAGUCACAGAUCCUGGCGUGGUGGGAGCAGACAGGCUUUAGGGGGGAGCAGAGCAGACCAACAAAUGCCUCUGAAAAGGACUGCUGCAUACCUCCCUCUGUUUACUCUGCCCCUGCUCUCACCAUCCAGACCAGCUCUGUUUGGUUUGUUUGAGAAAAUGUCAGCAUCCCUCCACUCCCCCGCUCCCUCUCUCAUGACCCCCACCUUCAUUUUUAGCAUCGGUUAGUGCUAUGAAAUACUGUAGAUCGCAGCUACGUUAUGGUAAAUCCCAUUUGCACUAGUGGUCCUGUGGAAGGCAAUGGGAUAGCCAAUUGUACAGACAGCAAAGGCAACUUACUUCCAGCCAGCAGGGAGCGAAACAGGAAGAGUGUGGCUGGAGUAUAGGAUGUUGUUUGCUGUCGAUCAUAAAGAUCCUACGUUUCCACCUGCUCCCCAGAGAGGGAUGGCCCCAUACAGAGGGAGAGAGGUCUGGUCUGGUCAGGGGCACUCCAUGACCAGGGAGUUGUUUUUCCUCCUCAGCCUGCUCUCCAUCAGUGGCUUGGGUUGUAGAGGGAAGGAAAGAGCAAGACUGAUAUGAUUGUGAAGUACAUUCCUGAGCGGUGGCAGUGCUGGCCAGGGCUCUCUCUGUCUCUGGUUCUGACCUGCUCACAGCUAACACUGUCAUUAUCACGGGAGGUUACUGUUCCUUCCAAUACCACAGCGUCCUCCUCUGCCUUCACCAAGCCUCAACAGCAUCCCUGCAACCUUACACUCACAAAAGGGUCAAAGAUGGACUCUUGACUGUUCCCUCUGCUUUUCUUGCUAUACUUCCACGGUCACGUUUAUGAACUGGUUUCCACCAGGAAUGGCACUCUGUAUUAUAAAACCACUCAAUUAGCCUCCGUUCCCUGUGAAUUGUCUGUGUGAAUUAUCCCUGGUUUAAUGGUGUUGAACGAAUGCUCUCAAAAUAGACGUUCAAAUGUCAUGUUGGAUUGUAGGAGGAUAUUUGAUUUUACGUGCGUUUUUCAUCAGCCUUGCAUAAUUCUACACGUGUUCUUGUUAUUUUCCAUGUCCUGUACAGUUGUUGUAUGCUCUAUUGUCUUUUCCCCUGCAAAAACAGGAAAAGUGUAAUUUAUUACCGUUUCAAUGGAUCUGAGAAACUGAACACAUUUGGUUGAGAGGGGAGCUGCUUGUAAUAUAGAGCAUGAUCAGCGUAAUAUUUCUUACUUUUUCUCAAUGUUUUAUAAUAAAACUAUGACAAGAUGUAUUCCCCCUA